AUGCAGAAUAUAUGCUUAGGAUCCUGCUGUGAAUGGUUGCAGGGAACUCGUGUGUGGCUACAGGAGAAGGACCGGCUGCAGCCCUGCACUGUUGAAUCCUGCGCUGACGGGUUGGUGCUGUUCACUUCAGACUAUGGUGAGAGAUUUUGCUACCCGUGGGCCUCUCUGCCCAGGGAGAAGAUUCUGCCAAUGCACCAGUCCAGUGUGGAGGGAGUGGAGGACAUGUCCAUGCUGGGGGACUUGCACGAGGCGGCCAUCUUGCUCAAUCUGCACCAGCGCUACCAGCAGGACCAGAUUUAUACAAAUAUUGGUUCCAUCUUGAUCUCUGUGAACCCUUAUAAGCCCAUCAGCGGCCUGUACGAUGUGGCUACCAUUGACCUGUACCGACAUCACUGCCUGGGUGAGCUGCCACCCCAUAUCUUUGCCACAGCCAGUGAGUGCUACAGCUGCCUGUGGAGGCGCCAUGACAGCCAGUGUAUCCUCAUCAGUGGAGAAAGUGGAGCUGGAAAGACAGAGAGCACCAAGUUGCUGAUGAAGUUCCUGUCAGCCAUGAGCCAGACCUCACUGGGUAGCCCCGUGUCAGAGAAGAGCACGCAUGUGGAGGAGGCCAUCAUGGAGAGCAGCCCUGUCCUGGAGGCUUUUGGAAAUGCCAAGACUGUCUAUAACAACAACUCAAGUCGCUUUGGCAAAUUCAUCCAGCUGCAUUUUUCCCAGCAUGGACACAUCCAGGGAGGAAGAGUCACUGACUAUUUGUUAGAGAAGAACAGAGUUGUUCAUCAGAACCCGGGAGAACAUAAUUAUCAUAUCUUCUAUGCCUUGCUAGCUGGUGUCUCUGGGGAACAGAAAGAAGCCCUAAGCCUGCUGGAGCCCAAGAGCUAUCAUUACCUGAAUCAAUCUGACUGUGAAAUUAAUGAAAACUUGGAUGACAAAGAGAUGUUCAGCAAUGUCACGACUGCUCUUGAGGUGAUGGGAUUCAGUUCUGAAGAGAUCCGGGACAUUUUCAAACUUCUGUCUGGCAUUCUGCAGCUUGGAAACAUUGAGUUCAUGACAGCUGGAGGAGCUCAGAUUACAACAAAAACUGUGCUUAAUAACUCCAGCGAGCUGCUUGGCCUGGAUGCCUUCCAGUUGUCUGAGGUGCUCACUCAGAGAUCCAUGUUUCUGCGGGGUGAGGAGAUCAGCUCUCCCCUCACUGUGGAGCAGGCUGCUGACUCCAGAGACUCACUUGCCAUGGCCCUCUACUCACAGUGUUUCUCGUGGAUCAUUGGCAAAAUUAAUGCAAAAAUAAAAGGGAAGGAGAACUUUAAGUCUGUGGGAAUCUUGGAUAUCUUCGGAUUUGAGAAUUUCCAGGUGAAUCGCUUUGAGCAGUUUAACAUUAACUAUGCGAACGAGAAGCUCCAGGAGUACUUCAACAAGCACAUAUUCUCCCUGGAGCAGCUUGAAUACAACAGAGAGGGGAUAUGCUGGGAAGCCAUUGAUUGGAUGGAUAACGCAGAAUGCCUGGAUCUCAUUGAGAAGAAACUUGGUUUGCUGGCACUGGUUAAUGAAGAAAGUAGAUUUCCCAAAGGCACGGAUGGCACCCUUCUGGAAAAGCUCCAUAGCCAGCAUGGGAACAACCAGUACUACUUGAAGCCCCGAGUGUCAGAUUUCCAGUUUGGGAUCCAGCACUAUGCUGGAGAGGUCCUCUAUGAUGUGAGGGGCUUUCUGGAGAAAAACAGAGACACUUUUCGGGAUGAUAUUUUAAACCUGCUGAAAGACAGCAGACUGGACUUCAUCUAUGACCUCUUUGAAAGAGUCUCAGGGUGCAGCGGUGAGGACACACUGAAGAUGGGAACUCAGAGGCGCAGGCCGACCGUCAGCUCCCAGUUCAGGGACUCCUUGCACUCCUUGAUGGCCACACUCAGCGCUUGCAACCCACUGUUCAUUCGCUGCAUCAAACCCAACCUGGAGAAGGCUUCAGACCUCUUCAGCCCAGAUGUGGUGCUGAAACAACUGCAAUACUCAGGCAUGCUGGAAACAGUGAAGGUUCGGAGAGCUGGCUUUCCUGUUCGGCGGCUCUUUCAAGAUUUCCUCUGCAGGUAUAAGAUGCUGUUGAAAAACAUGAGCAAUGCAGACAAUGCAAAAUCCACUUGUGCAGCCCUCCUGCAGAUGUAUGACAGUGCCCAGAGAUUAUGGAAGCUGGGGAAAACCAAGGUUUUCCUGAAGGAGGCACUGGAGCAGAAGCUGGAGAAGGCCCGGGAAGAGGAGCUGAGGAAGGCGGCGACCAUCAUCCGAGCCCACGUCCUGGGCUACAUGGCAAGAAAGAGAUACCAAAGGGUCCUUGCAAGUGCUGUAAUCAUCCAGAAGAAUUACCGUGCUCACUUCUGGAAGAAGUCCCUCCUGCGUCUGAAGGCCGCUGCCAUUGUUCUACAGAAGCACUGGCGUGGACAGCUGGCACGAAGCCUCUAUCAACACCUGUUACAGGAAGAGCAGAGGCAGAGGCAGGAAGCCGAGGAGCAGAGGCGGCAGGAGGAAGAGAGGAUUAAAAAGGAGGAAGAGGAAAGACAAUGGCAAGAAGAGAGGGAGCAUAAGAUGAAGCAGGAGGAGGAGGAGGAGAAACGCAGAGGAAAAGAGCAGCUGGAAGCCAGACUGCAGAUGGCGCAGGUGGAGGUGUUCAGGACUCAAGAAGAAGGCCAACCAUUGCAAGAAGAGGAACAGCGUCAGAUGGAGGAGAUCCUGAGGCUAGAAAGGGAGAUUGAGAAAUUGCAGUGGCAGCAGAAGGCAGACCGUGUUUCCAUUGCCUGUGAAAAUACCAAGAACGAGAUAAAGCGCCAGCGGGAAGAGGAGAUUCAGAGGCUGGAGAAGGAGGCUUCCCGGGUGGCGCAGGAAUUCUUGGAGCUGCUUGACUUUGGAAACCUGGACAAGAGCGUGCAAGGUCUGGAGUGUUCUCUUUCCAAUGAAGGAACCCUCAACAUUGAGUACAGUCUUGUGGCUCCUCUGGCUGAAGAAGAAGAGGAUGAAGGUUUUCUUGCUGACGAAGAGGGGCCACCUGUCCCCAGCCCAAGCCUGUUGAACCAAGGCAGCGCCAGAACCAGUGAUAAUUACUAUUCAGAGGAGGAGCACACAUCUCCAAGUGUGCCAUUUCUUAUGAAGGGCGAAGGAGGAGAGGGCAACUCUCUGGUUUUUUCUACAGAGAGACCUAUAAGUCCUGAGAAACAGCACAUGGAAAGCAUUUACCACACCGUCUCUGAAAUCCUGCCUGGUGACAAUGGGGAUGGGGAAGAUCCAAUUUACAGCUUGCCUCCAGAUGUGGAGUCCGACUAUGACCAUGAAGAAUUUGAUGGCAAUGGAGGCAUUGGCAGCACUUCCGCCCAGCCCCUAAAUGGGGGCAAGGUCUUGCACAAUUCCCACAGCAAUGGCAUGGACUCCAACCCUGGGAGUUUGGACUCGUUCCUAGAUAGUGAGGAGGAAGGCGAUGCUUACAUGGACACAGAUGAAGAAUUCUGUGGUGGCCGGGUAACCAUGCUCAAUGGAUCAGGGCCGGCCUAUUUUCACAGCUAUCUCUACAUGAAGGGAGGCCUGAUGAACCCCUGGAGACGGCGCUGGUGUGUCCUGAAAAAUGAGGCCUUCAUGUGGUUCCGGGCCAAGCAAGAGGCCUUGAAGUCAGGCUGGCUUUACAAGAAGGGAGGCGGCAUGUCCACACUGUCCCGGAGGAACUGGAAGCGGCGCUGGUUUGUUCUGAGAGAGGCCAAGCUGAUGUACUUUGAGAAUGACAGUGAAGAGAAGCUCAAAGGGACGAUUGACAUCAGAAAGGCCAAAGAGAUUGUGGACAUUCAUGAGAAGGAGAAUGCUCUUGACGUUGUGACAAGUGAUCGCGUUUACCACAUAGUCGCUGAGUCACCAGAGGAUGCCAGUGACUGGUUUAACAUCCUGAGCCAUGUGCACAGCGCAACAGAGCAGCAGCUGAGGGAAAUGCAGGAUGAACAAGCGAAUCCAAAGAACGCUGUGGGAACUUUGGACGUGGGACUUAUCGAUUCUGUCUGUGCUUCUGACAAUCCUGACAGGCCAAACUCUUUUGUGAUCAUCACAGCAAACCGCGUCAUCCAUUGCAACAGUGACAUACCUGAGGAGAUGCACCACUGGAUCUCUCUCUUGCAGAAGCCCAAAGGCGAAUCCAGGGUCGAUGGGCAGGAGUUUUUUGUGAGAGGGUGGCUUCAUAAGGAGGUCCAAAACAGCAGCAAGACGUCUUCUCUGAAGGUGAAGAAACGCUGGUUUGUGUUGACCAGCACUGCCCUUGACUACUACAAAUCAUCUGAGCGCACAGCCACCAAGCUUGGGACUCUUGUGCUCAACAGCCUUUGCUCAGUGGUCCAGCCCGAUGAACGAGUCUUCAAAGAAACAGGUUAUUGGAACAUCACUGUGCAUGGCCGAAAGCACUCAUACCGCCUCUAUACCAAGCUACUGAAUGAAGCCAUGCGUUGGGCCUUUGCCAUCCAAGGAGUCAUUGACAGCAAAGUUCCCAUUGAAACACCCACGCAACAACUUAUUCGUGACAUUAGAGAGAACAGCAUGAAUCCUGAAGUAGUGGAGCAGACCUACUGGAGGAAUCCCAUCCUGAGAUACACGCAGCAUCCCCUGCACUCCCCGUUGUUACCACUGCCCUAUGGAGACAUUGGGAUCAACUUGCAGCAAGAGAAGGGCUACAGCAGCCUCCAAGAUGAAGCUAUGAAGAUCUUUAACUCCCUGCAGGAGAUUGAGACGGUGUCUGACCCCAUCCCCAUCAUCCAGGGCAUCUUGCAGACCUGCCAGGACCUCAGGCCCCUCCGUGACGAGGUCUAUUGCCAGCUGAUCAAGCAGACCAACCACGUGCCACAGCCCAGCAGCCCUGGGAACCUUCACCACUGGCAGCUGAUGACCUGCAUGAGUUGCACUUUCCUGCCCAGCAGGGGAAUCCUGCGCUACCUCAAGUUCCAUCUCAGAAGAGUAAAAGACCUCUUCCCAGGCACAGAAAUAGAUCGGUAUUCUCAAUUCAUCAGUGAUUCGCUGAAGAGAACCAAAAGCAGGGAAUUUGUCCCCUCCCAGGAAGAGAUACAGGCCCUAAUUACACGGGAGGAAAUGACGACGACAGUUUACUGCCACGGAGGGGGCUCUUGUCAGAUCACCAUCAAUUCCCAUACCAGUGCAGGAGAGGUGGUGGAGAAGCUGAUCCGAGGACUGGCUAUGGAAGACAGUCGGAACAUGUUUGCCCUCUUUGAACGCAACAAGCAUGUGGACAAGGCAAUUGAGAGUCGGGUGACUGUGGCUGAUGUCUUGGCCAAGUUUGAGAGGCUUGCUGGGUCCACCGAAGAGGAGGAGGAGGGGGGGCACUGGCAGCUGUAUUUCAAACUGUAUUGCUUCCUGGAUGUGGAAAAUGUUCCAAAAGAGGGAGUGGAGUUUGCCUUCAUGUUUGAGCAGGCUCAUGAAAGUCUCACUGACGGCCACUUCCCUGGCUCGGAGGAGACACUGCUACACCUGGCUGCACUAAGGCUGCAAUACCUACACGGGGACUGCUCCAGAAUCCCCUGGUCGCUUGACAGCGUCUACCCAGUAAACCGGCUGAAGUCCAGGAUCCUGCAGUCCAUGAAGAGCAGCAGUGGCCCCAGCAGCCACGCCCUGGAGAGAAGGCGGACCAGUUUCCUGGAGGGCACACUGAAGCGCAGCUUCAAGGCAGGCUCAGUGAAGAAGCAGAAAGUGGAGGAGGAACAGAUGAUGGAGAUGUGGGUGAAAGAGGAGCUGUCGGCGGCGCGAGCCAGCGUAGCAGAGAAGUGGAGCAAACUUCAAGGGCUGCCCCAGCAGCAGGCCAUGGUGGCUUACAUGGCCAUCAUGAAGGAAUGGCCAGGCUAUGGCUCCACCCUCUUUGAUGUCGAGUGUAAGGAAGGUGGCUUCCCAAAUGAUCUCUGGCUCAGCGUCAGCACGGAGAAUGUGUCUGUGUACAAACGGGGGGACCCAAAGCCUCUGGAAACUUUCCAGUAUGAACAUAUUGUCUUCUUUGGGGCUCCCCAGCCCAACACCUUCAAAUUGACUGUGGAUGAGAGAGAGAUGUUCUUUGAAACCCUUCAGGUGGGAGAGAUCAUUAAGAUCAUGAGAGCCUACAUCAACAUGAUUGUGAAGAAGUGCUGCAGCAUCAAGUCAGCUGCCAGCCUGGACAGCCGUGCAAGUAUCUGGACAAGGUGAUGAGGCUGCUGAAUGGACCCUUUGGGGAAGACCCACGCCACGUCCCGGCUGCAUCUGUAGCAAAGCUCCUUCUUUAUAAAAACAAAACCCUUCCAUCAGGUUGCCUGACAGAGGCAAAACAGGACUGGUCCAGAGUGUCCCCAGGGACAGCCAACAGCAUAACCAGGAAUACUGUAGUUAGCAGUCCCUAGGCCAUUUGAGGCUGGACGUCCUUUUGGGUUCUCUCCUGUGAGGAAAACUGUUGCGGGGGCACAGAGAACCCCCCCCCCCAGGAGCAAACAUUGCCACCUUUCUCAGAGAGCUCUAGACACCAUUUUGUGCAAUAAAAGCAGCAGGAAAGAAAAGGUGGACAGAUGGGAGUCACUAAGGUGCUGCUGCCACGCAACAAGCCAGAUUUCUACACUACACUUGAGACGAUGGGCUCCAGAUAGUUUUUCAGCCAAGCUUCGCAGG